CGAGAAAUCUGGAAAGUUCGAAUCCCAGCCCCAGUCCAUCAAAUCGAGCAUCAUAAAAUUAAGUUUUCCUUACUGUGAAAUGGCAAUUUGUAAUGAUUUCUGAGAAGUGGGACCCAUGGUGGUGUCGAUGUCUGAGCCAGCAGCCAGACCUGGUCCGUUUGGAAUGCCUGGGAUGGUGCCGCCGCAUGUUCCUCCUCAGAUGCUCAACAUUCCGCAGACCUCUCUGCAAGCAAAGCCCGUGGCCCCACAGGUGCCCAGCCCAGGGGGCGCUCCGGGCCAGGGUCCAUACCCGUACAGCCUCUCUGAGCCAGCACCUCUCACUUUGGACACGAGCGGGAAGAAUCUGACGGAGCAGAACAGCUACAGCAACAUUCCUCACGAAGGGAAGCACACGCCGCUGUAUGAGCGGUCCUCGCCCAUCAACCCGGCCCAGAGCGGCAGCCCCAACCACGUGGAUUCCGCCUACUUCCCUGGCUCUUCUACAUCGUCAUCUUCAGACAACGACGAGGGCAGCGGAGGGGCAACAAAGUGGGUGAUGGUCAGUCUGUACUCAGACGGGGGCUCCUUGGACAGAGAGGAGAGGGAAGAGUGGGUAUGUUCUUGAAGUUUCCAUGAUUUAAAAUCUGCACCAUCCCAGCCCCAUGGCCUGGAGCCACAGGAAACUUUCUGGGGAGGAAUUUGACAAGAACUGGUUUGUGUGAUGACCAAAACAUGGGGGCAUUUGUCCACCCACCACAGCAACCUCCUGCCAACCCCCGAAACAUUAAUCUCCUGGCUCACGGAUCAAGGGAGGUCUGAAUUUCCUGUCCUUCUGCUAAACUCAGCAGGUCACAGGACACUUUGGAAAUAACACUGUUUGCCCAAGCAAAACCCUAGAAGGCUGCCUAGACCCAGGUUGGAAUUGUUUCCUUAGAGGAGUAUUUUAAACACUGUGUGGGCUGGACGCGGUGGCACGUGCCUGUAAUCCCAGUACUUUGGGGGGCCAAGGCAGGUGGAUUACCUGUGGUUGGGAGUUCGAGACCAGCUUGGCCAACAUGGCAAAACCCCAUCUCUACGAAAAAUACAAAAAUUAGCUGGGCGUGGUGGCAUGUGCCUGUAGUCCAGCUACUCAGGAGGCUGAGUUAGGAGGAUUGCUUGAACCCAGGAGACAGAGGUUGAAGUGAGCUGAGAUGUCGCCAGUGCACUAUGGCCUAGGUGACAGAGCCACACUCCAUCUCAAAAAAUAAAAAUAAUAAUAAUAAUAAUAAAAACACUGUGUGUCCCUGAGUAAAUGAGUUCACAAAUAUAUAGUUGGUUAAAAUCUGAUAGAAGAGGCUGGGCGCGGUGGCCCAUGCCUGUAAUCCCAGCACUUUGGGAGGCAGUGGCAGGCGGAUCACUUGAGUUCAGGAGUUCAAGACCAGCUUGGCCAACAUGGUGAAACCCCGUCUCCACUAAAAACAUAAAAACUAGCCAGGCGUGGUGGUGGUCGCCUGUAAUCCCAGCUACUCUGGAGGCUGAGGCAGGAGAAUCGCUUUAACCCGGGAGUUGGAGGCUGCAGUGAGCUGAGAUCACGCCACUGCACUCCAGCCUGGGUGACGGAGCAAAACUCCAACUGUGGGAAAAAAAAAAAAAUUCCAAUCAAGGAAAUCUUAAGUUUGUACUCCUCCCCUCCCUUUAAACUGUCUUAUAUUUAAAAAAAAAUAAAAAAAAAGAGAAAGAAAAUGUCUUUCUUUAAGUCAGUGUCUCUUUUUCCUUAGUGUGAAGUCCAGAGUAGAUAACCAGGGCUGGUUGAUGUUACAUCUAUUUCUGAUGUAAGAAAUCUAAGAGACGUAGUUGUUAGUUUCCAUGCCAGUUCUUACCUGGUGUGUCACCUGAAGCAGGUGAUCUUUCCUCUCUGUCCUCUGUCCAUCUGUAAAAUGGCAAUGAAUGUCUGUUGACUCAGGGCAGAGGUCACUGAAGGGCUCAUGCUAUCCAGGGAUGCACACCCUGUUUAUGGCAAAGAAGUAUAAAAUUAAUAAAUGUUGAUUUGCUGUAUGUGCAGGGAAGUAUAAAAUUAAUAAAUGUUUAUUUGCUAUGUGUGCAAUGCUAAAACUCUAAAAUGAAGUAAAGAGUUGUAAUUGAAUAUUCAAAGUUUUAAAUUAACCUCUAGCAAGAUAAUAUAUUGAGUACCCUUUGAAUCAGAAUCUCUGAUUGGGGUCCCCAAAAUUUGCAUUUUAAAUAAGCACCUCAGUCAGUCUUUAGCACACUGAAGUUUGAGAACAACUGCUUGAUGGUCUUGGAAGCCCUUAUGCACUAGAAUUAUAAGGCAUGUGCAUUUUGUUGUAAAAUGUGACUCAUGUCAGCAAGGUCAAAGUGUCUGUACAAUACAAUUUUCAUCUUAGUAAAUGUUCUUUCUGAACUCUGAAACAUAGGUAAGAAGUAAGACAAAAAGCAAAAUAAGUAAGCUUUGUGACCCCAACAAGAGUUUAGUGCUAGUGAUGGAGAUGUGGAAACCAGGUCAAGGUGCUGACUUGGGGACGUGGGUGGUGACUGGGGCACAUCCCAGUUGAGGUGCUUGUUCCUCCGGUAGGGAGGGAUUGAGAAGAAUGCGAGUUGCCCAUCUAAUUUGGCAAGUUGUCUAUAUUAGUCUGUUCUCAUGCUGCUAAUAAAGUCAUACCCAAGAUUGGGUAACUUGCAAAGGAAAGAGGUUUAAUUGACUCAGAGUUUCCACAUGGCUGGAGAGGCCUCACAAUCAUGGUGGAUGGCAAAGGAGGAGCAAAGUCACAUCUUGCAUGGCAGCAGGCAAGAGAGCAUGUGCAGGGGAACUCACCUUUAUAAAACCACCAGAUCUUGUAAGAUUUAUUCACUAUCAUGAGAAUAGCACAGGAAAGACAUUCAAUGACCUCCCACCAGAUACCUACAAUGACCCAUGGGAAUUAUGGGAGCUACAAUUCAAGAUGAGAUUUGGGUGGGGACACAGCCAAACCAUAUCAUCAUCUUUGUUAGGUUGAGCUGAACUUGGAGUAGGUAGGACUGCCUGAGCACGUCCUGUCUUUUCUGGGUAUGCACCUCCUACCUGUCUGUGAAGGUUCUGGUCAGCUUUUUGGAGGUCUGGGCAUCUGGUCUCCCUCUGAUCUCUCUCAGUGCUUAUUGUCUUUAUCCCUGGCAUGGCAUCUUUACUGUUUUCUGGAGAUGCAUCUUGUUUCUGCCACUGGCAUCUGACCUGCUCAGAGUCUUGUGUUUUGCCAUCCUUGUGGUAUGAAGUGCUGUGAAGAAUGCGGGGUGCACCCUAUAAUCAAAAGAUUGGAUUCAAGCUGUGUGACUUAGGAGUAACUUAAUUUCCUUGAAUCUGCGUCCACUUUUAUUAUAAUAAGGAAGAGACAGACAUGUUAGACUUGAGAUGAAUGAAGGCAGAGGAGACAAGUGUGUUUGUUCCUGAAGGCUUUGGGGUCAGAAACUAGCAUUUGACUUGGGGUCAAACCCUUGAUCACGGGCAUCCUUUGCUUCUGGCAGGUGCAGGGGUGUGACUUGGAUUUAUGUGUCCACAGCUGCCAAGUAGAGACAAUGUUCAUGGUUUCCUGCAAGGGUUCUAGCGUGUUGAAUGCGUUGUAUGUAGUGGAGCAGAAGCCCGCGAGUAGAAACCUCCGCAGGAACCAGUGUGAGUGCAAGGAAACUUAAACUGUCAUUGAUAGAUUGUGGGAGGCUCAACAUGGACAAACCUGAGAAUUAAAGACUCCAGAGGGCCUGGUGAUGUGGGGGUCCACAUGCUUUUGUGCAUUUUACCUGCUAGAUCUCUAGCAAAUUCUCACAGUAAAUAUUGGAGAAAAAUCCCUUGUACCUCUGGAACGGGGAAGGAAAAUAGAAUUAUUUAAAAAUGUGAGGGAACACUUUUUUUUUUUUUUUUUUUAGACAGAGUCUCGCUCUGUUGCCCAGGCUGGAGUGCAAUGGCGCCAUCUCAGCUUACUGCAAGCUCCGCCUCCUGGGUUCAAGCGAUUCUCCUGCCUCAGCCUCCCAAGUAGUUGGGAUUACAGGCGUGAGCCACCACGCCCAGCCAGAACACUCUGUUCUUAACAAAGCCUCCUCUCAGGAGAAACUACCUAACCAGAGCCUAACCUGCUGGGUUUCACAAGAACCUAAUUAAUCUGAGGGAAAGGAAACACCCAAAUCUAGCUCCCCAUAGCCAUCCUGUCCCAGCUAAGCAGGGCCAGGGACUGAGAAUCACAUGUGAAGAUCACAGCCCAGAGACUCAUUAUAAGACUCAGACCUAAUAAUUGAACUAUAGAACCUGUGUCCCCCUGAAAAGAGAAAAAGCAAAAUCAUAUAAAGUGCUCAACUGAAACAAGAGAAAGAAGAAAAAGAAUGGAAGACAUGGAGAAAGAAUGGAAAACAGUAACAAAUAUAGUAAGUAGCUCUUAAUCCACAUAUAUCAAUAAUUAAACAUCAGUGAUGUAGAUACGCAAAUUAAAAGAAAGAGGCUAUCUGAUGGAAUCAAGACCCAGCUAUUUGUGCCUACAGGAAACUCACCUUAUAUAUGAAGACACGUUCUCUUUCUGUUAACGAAUGGUUACAACUACUGUGAUGUGCGAGUUACUGAGGUUUAUUGUGGAAUGAACACAGGAACUCUAUUUGAACCACUGCGUGAAUGGAGACGUGGUGAAUAGUUCAGGGUAGAUGGUGUAAGUCACAGAAUGUUCUAGUAGAUGGGGAAAUGCACCAUGGCCACUGAAUGUUAUUCAUUUACUUUCUCUGUUGUGCAAUUGCAAAGUUCGUAUUGUUGGUCGACUUUUAAAUAAUAUUUCUAAGUAAAUAGUGAGACAAGUUAUUCUAAUUAUUAUCAUAGUCUUUUCUAAGUGUCAAGGCUUUUUAAAAAUAUAGUUGAAGUCAUGGUAAUUUUUUAAGGAAAUGUUUUUGUGGGCCUCCCAAAUGGACAUUGUGUUACAAUAGAAUUUUUUUUUUUUUUUUUUUUUUUUUGAGAUGGAGUCUCCCUCUGUCGCCCAGGCUGGAGUGCAGUGGUGCGAUCUCAGCUCACUGCAAGCUCCGCCUCCCGGGUUCAUGCCAUUCUCCUGCCUCAGCCUCCCGAGUAGCUGGGACUACCGGCGCCCGCCACCACGCCUGGCUAAUUUUUUUGUAUUUUUAGUAGAGACGGGGUUUCACCAUGUUAGCCAGGAUGAUCUCGAUCUCCUGACCUCGUGAUCUACCCGUCUUGGCCUCCCAAAGUGCUGGGAUUACAGGCGUGAGCCACUGUGCCCGGCCUAGAAUAGAAAUUUUUAAAUUAAGUAUUUAGAACAGAUUUUUUUAGUCAACAGGUUUUGUUUCAGGGAUAAUCUUUUUGUCUGUGCUUCUUUCUCUCAAUGCCUUCUUUGUCCUUAUUUCUUAAUGGUGGUUGUGUUUUCCCCUCUUCAUUUGUUUUUACUCUCAUAAAGCUUCACAACCAUUUCUGCAGUGCUUCUUUUUGUUGCUGGGUGCUUAGCAUGCAGUAGUAUUUUUAUUUGAACAUUUUCAUACCUUAGGUUAAGAUUUUCACAGUUUCUAGUACAUUAUCUUUUGCAUUUAUUGUUGUGAUUAUUCUCUUUGA